AGCUGCAGGCCCCUUGGGCUGCCCAGGCUGCAGCUUGCUCCCAGAGGAUGGCGCUCUCCAACCUGUCCAACUACUUGGACGACAUCGAUAACUACAGCGACUACACAGACUACAGCUACGAGGAGAGCAGCAACGUGUGGACAGCCCCAGCCCACGACCCCAAGGACGUCGCCAGGAUCCUCUCCGUCGUCAUCUACAGCGUGUCCUGCGUGCUGGGCAUCCUGGGCAACGGCCUGGUCAUCGCCAUCAUAACCCUGAAGAUGAAGAAGUCGGUCAACGCCGUCUGGUUCCUCAACCUGGCCGUGGCCGACUUCCUCUUCAACAUCUUCCUGCCCAUCAACAUCGCCUACACCGCCAUGCGCUACCACUGGGUCUUCGGGACGGUCAUGUGCAAGCUGAACUCCUUCCUCCUCAUCCUCAACAUGUACACCAGCGUCCUGCUGCUCACCACCAUCAGCUUCGAUCGCUACGUCUCGGUGGUCUUCCCCGUCUGGUCGCAGAACCACCGCUGCCCCAGCCUGGCCUACCUGGUGUGUUUGGCCAUCUGGACCAUCGGCAUCGUCAUGAGCUGCCCCUCUCUGGUCUUCCGGGACACGGCCCAAGCCCACAACUCCGUCAUUUGCUUCAGCAACUUCUCCCUCUCCAGGAACGCUUCCUACCAAGGCCUGGCGCUGGUGAGGCACCGGACGGUGAACGUCACCAGGUUCCUGGCCGGCUACAUCCUGCCCAUCACCGUCAUCACCUUCUGCUACGUCGCCAUCGCCUUCAACCUGCGCCGCAACCGCCUGGCCAAGACCAAAAAGCCCUUCAAGAUCAUCGUCACCAUCAUCGUCACCUUCUUCCUGUGCUGGAGCCCCUACCACCUGCUGAACCUCCUGGAGACCGAGCCCGGCAUGAUCCCGCGCUCCGCCUUCGAGAUCUUCGUCCCCAUCACCACGGCGCUGGCCGCCUCCAACAGCUGCAUGAACCCCGUCCUCUACGUCUUCAUGGGCCAGGACUUCAAGAAGUUCAAGGUCACCAUCCUCUCCAGACUGGUGAAUGCCCUCAGCGAGGAGACAGGCCACUCCAGCAUCGUUCACAGGAGCUUCUCCAAGAUGUCUUCCAUGACUGAGAAGGAGACCACGGUCCUCUGAAGUCAAGCUGGGUGCCUGCAGGAGGGGCCGCGCUCCUCUGGUGUUGCCCAUGCCCACCGCUGUGAUGGUGACCGCCGUCGUG